CAAAAGCCAACUACGGCAGUGCGACGUUGAUUAGUAUGAAGUGAAAACUGUUGGAAUAUCUCGUAUAUAAGAACAAAGUCAUUGGACGGCUGGCUGUACGAAAUAAACAUACAGAUUCAUAACCCGUUUUCUUUAUACCAAUUUUAUUUUUUCACAUCGCCAAUUAAACGAAGUUUUAAUCGAGGGUGAUCCUAGUUGAUCUGCGUAGCGUUUAUCGCUCCCAACAUGUACACACGAAGCAGACAAAGCCAGAACUACGGUAACGGACGAAAUACGAAUAAUCCUCAAGGUCAGGGAGGUCAAGGAAACCAAGGAAGCCAAGGAUCUUACACAAUGCCUUAUAAUACACAAGGAAGUUACCAAUCAUCGCAAUCUACGUCCAUUCAACAAAGCAAUUAUAAACAAGACAACGUACAAAACUCACAAGGAUUCAAAUCACAGCAGCAACAGCAACAGCAACAACAACCAACGCAAAUGGCAGCAGCUGCAUCAACACGGCCUGUACCAACUAUAGCACCUACACAACAACUAAAACAACUUCAAAAGCCCCCACCACAAUUACAACAGCAACAAGGACAGCAGCAAAAGUUACAAAUGCAACAGCAGCAGCAACAGCAGCAGCAGCAGCAGAAAUUGCAGCAGCAGCAGCAACAACAAGCACCACCUCAGCAAAUAGUUAUGCAACAGCAAUCACAACAGCAACAACAAGCGCCGAAUCCACUUCCAUUGCCGCAACGAUUGAAACCGAUUUUAAAACAUACAACAGUAGGUGCACAAUCCACUGUUGGACAAACUGCUGCUCCUCAGCCUUUGAUUGCUCCAAACGCAUCUAAUAAUAAUUCUGAGACGGAUGACAAGCCUGAGAACAUGGAUGUUGACAUGCAAGAUGCUCAACCAAGAUGGCGAAGAAAGAUACCUGGAUUUAAAGUAAAUAAAAAAUUAAAACGUCUUCGUAUGAACCAACGUCUAAGGAAAACUCUACAACCCAAAAAUGCAAUCAUGGUAUUAAACGAAAUGAAAGCUGGAGUCCAAUUUACAUUCCCUGAAACACAAGGACCCAUGCCGAACUCGCUUUAUCUUGUUCAUGCUGAGCUUGAUGGUAAAACUUAUGUUGGGCAAGGAUUAUCUAAACCACUUGCUCGCCAAAAUGCAGCUGAAAAUGCAUUAAAAGCUUUAUUACUUGAAAAAAUGACAGCAGCAUCUAUGAAAGCACGUCUAGAUGCUGAAUCAGAUGGACAAACUACUAACACAUCUAUGGAUGAAAUAAAAGAAGAAAAUAAUGAUGAUAGCAUCACUAUGGAUACAAAUUCUGAAGAUGAGAUUCCAUGGAGUUCAUUGGCCAGUUUUGCUCUUUAUAAACUCUUUCUUGAGUGGCAUAAUCAAGGAACAUCAGUUCCAGUCCCACGACCUGGUUUACCAAAUGCAAAAGGAAUUAAGAAAGAAAGUCCUAAUCCUAAAACUUCUACUCAAAAGGAACUUCCACCCAAUCCUACUAAUAUACAUCCAGUUAUGUUACUGAAUCAAAUGAGACCUGGACUAACAUAUACAGAGCUCAGCCGUGUUGGUAACCCACCGAAUACGAUGUUUACUCUGGCUGUUGAAAUUUGUGGAAUCGAAUAUUCAGGAACAGCUAAAAACAAAAAGGAUGCGAAGAAAGCAGCAGCUAAAGCAGCAUUACUGGCAUUAUAUAACUUAACUUAUCCAGAAGAUGUUAGUAAGCAGGAUUUAAUGGCAAUUGGUUAAAGUAAAUAUUUUACAUUUCAAUAUACUUUUCAAAAUGUAAUGUAUGUUAUACACAGGUUUUUUUAUUUGAUCUUUAUCAUAAAAUAUUAAUAAUUAUUUAGUGAUUUGAUGACACUGCUACUUGUAUUAUUUACCCAUACUGACAAUCUUGAAUUUUUUGGCGUAAUACUUUGCAAUUUACCUUCCUAAAUAUAAUAAAUGUAAUGAAAGUUAUUACAUGGUUUUUGUCAUCUAUCAAAAUAUAAAUAUACAUAUUGAGCCACAUGAUUAAAAGACUUAAUUAAAUUCACACCUAAUUUCUUGCGAUAUUAUUUUCUCUGUGUACCUACAAUUUAGUUUUCAGGAAAAUACUAUGUAAAUGAUUUAUAUAUAAUUAAAUAUUUAUACAUAAAAAUGAUUAAAUCUUUAAUAAAAUUAUGCAUGAAUUUAGACAAAAAGGGCCAUUAUCGUGGAAAUUAUAUAAUAUAUGGCAAAAUACCACAGAGCUAACUUGAUUUCUCUUGACAACACUUACGAAAGGUCCUACGCGUCGAAUUAUAAUCACUGUUAUCGAGAAAAAUAGCCCAACAUUUAGAUCUAUGCGAAAUUUUUUUUUUUUUUAAGAAUAUAUAUAUAUUUUUUUUUUCAUAAACAAUUAAAUAUACAAUUAUAUAAUACACAAUUCAGAUCUGUUCAAAAUUUGGCUCAUGAGAACUCAAUGCUUCUCCCUUUUUAUCAUUUCCGUCGAGCAAGACGGAUAGAAGUUAAAAAAAAAUACGCUGGAUGAGAUAGUCAUUGGACAGAGCUCUAGCGUCUAGUUCAAUUUUUUUUUUAACUCGAGACGAUAUAGAAGAGGCUCGCAAACUAAGUUUUAAAUAGAUCUGAAUUAUAUACAAUUAAUUGUAUAAUUAUUUAUACUAUAUUAUUUAUUAAUUAUAUAUACAUAAUUAAUAUGAUUAUUCAAAAAAAUUUACAUUUGAUGCGUUACUAAAUAAUAUUCGGAAUGUUUACGGAAAAAAUAAUAUUAUAAGAAGUUAGACAUUAAAUGAUUUAACAUCAGUUAUACAAAUAUGAUAGUAUGUGUUGGUACAAUGGGUAAUAAAAUACACAUUAGAAUUAUUUAUAGCUCAUAUUUAAAGUAUUCUUUACAUAUUAAACAUAUCUUUACAUAAUUUCAUUUAGAAUUUUAAAGAAAAAUUUUACUGCAAGUAAUUUACAUCACAAUAGCAAAGUGUACUUCACAAUUUAAUAAGCAAAUAACUAUAAUCAAAUUACAAUUUUUAUUAUAAUCAUGUGUUAAUUAUUGCAAUAAUAAUGGUUACAUAAUCCAUGGCUGCAUUACAUAGUGUUAAAUAUACUGUUAAGAAAACAGUAUUGUAACGAAUGUAUUAAACAUUUAAUGUAUUCAAUAAAACAUCAUAACUUUACAAA